CGGUGGACACUCCAACCAACAUGGAGCCAGUAGAGAUCAUUAAUCGACUGAGGGACGCCAUAGCUAACGUCUCAUCACCUUUAGAGAUAACUGAUGAUUUAACACUGUCAAGCUGGACUUUGUCCACGGCCUGCCCCCUAAACUCUGCCGGAGGAACCGAGUGUCAAUGUGAAGAUUCCUUCACUUGGUCAUGUGACAUCUGCGACAUGUUUGGUGCAUGCAGCAAUGCCAGUCCAUUAACCUGUGAUUGCAUCAAUGGAAUCCCUCCGUUUGGGGAGUUCUGUCAGCCAAUCACAAAUCUCACCACCGCUUGUCCAUCAAACACAACCCCAACUCCAACCCCAACUCCAAUCACAACACCGACGACAGCAACGACACCGACGACAGCAACGACAGCAACGACAGCAACGACAACAACGACCACCACAACCACAGCAACAACCACCUCACCAUCAACUGAAAGUUUGUCUACACCGGCCAUGACAAUAGACGAGAGGUCAUUAUCGGUCACUUUGGAGAUUGACUUUGAUGAAUCAUACAAUGAUGAAAGUAACAGUGUUCACCAGAGAUGUUCACAAGCUAUUGAAACGCAUUCUGAGAUCCAUAUCCCUGGUCUACUUUCAGCUGAUCUCUUGGCCUUCAGGACUGGUAGCACCAUUUUUGACUUUGAAAUUACUGCAAAUACUACGAUUCAAGACCAGGAUGUUGACGCACUUCUGGUGGCAAUAUUCAAUGAUCUGAGGAAUAGCUUCCCGGUGAGGUUUGAGAGCAGCAGAAACUUAACAUUUCAACCACGUGGCGUAUUCUUCAACGACAGAUUGAAUGUGAUAUGUGGCCCACCACCACAGGCGCUCCAGUUUCGUAUCACCUCAAGCGAAUGGACACUUGAUCGUGCUUUAAUAAUUGAAGAUGACCUGCACAGGUUUUCACGAGCUAAUCGAAUGGAAACGCUUGAGAUCACCAAUUACUUUUUUACUGACAACGGACACUAUCAAUGUCGGCUGUUUGAUGGGGAUUCAAGUUUCCUGCAAGACUCCAAUGAAAGAUUCAGUCUUUUGGAAACACCCACCAUUCGGACUGUUCCCCUAAAUAACACGAUUGUUUGCGAGGUUGGGCAGGAAUUGUCACUCCAGUGCUCUGUCCAGGAACCCUACAAUGUCAAGUUUAAAGACUUCCCAAAUACAGGUAAGACUGAAACAGAAAGGCAUCCAAACUACAUUUGGCAUUUUGCAGUUUAUUCCCAAAUUAUUGCUCGAACCGUCAAAAGUGUGAGCUCGAGUGAAUUUGUCUUUUGCUGUAAUUAAUACUGAGAAAAACGG